ACAUAGUGACUUUAACAACAAACUUUUUUUCUUUCCUUUAAGUGAUAGAUCCGGAGUGCUGUUAACUUGGGGGCAGCAUUAUGCUGACCAUACAACUGUACGUAUUCCUUUUGUCUGUGACGUCAACAGUUAGCUAUACAUGUGACAGGACAUCAACAGUUUGUGAGACGUCACUUGUUAUUGAGCAUUACUUAACAAUGACCAGUGCUACAAAUAGAGCCGUUUAUCCAAAAGAAGGUAAACUGUACGACUACAGGGUGAAAAAUAUUUCUCAAGCUGAACCCGUUCCUCUUAGUGAAAUAGUUACGGCGGAUGGGUGGGAGUCUAAACGACUUAUAGUGGUAGCCAACAGAACACUUCCAGGGCCCGAUAUAAUCGUUUACGAGGGACAAACUGUCGUCAUAAAAGUGAAGAAUCAUUUACAUUCCGACUCCGUUACGAUCCACUGGCAUGGAUUACCCCAAAUUGGAACUCCUUUCAUGGAUGGAGUUCCUUUUGUAUCUCAAUGUCCUAUUGAAGCCGGACAAACAUUCACCUACAAGUUCAAGGCCCAUCCAGCAGGAACAUUUUGGUAUCAUUCUCAUGCGGGGGCCCAACGUAUCGAAGGGUUAUUGGGUAUUGACAUUCGUAAAAAUGAACCCAACCCCCUUCCAGAGCACAUCAUGCAAAUCCAGGAAUGGAAUCAUGAUUGGGAUGCUAAUAAAGGAUUUCAGUUGAUGACCUAUGGAAUCAUAGAAAAUAGAUCGAAAUAUGCACCCUCCCAAUCCCUCGACGGUAGUUUCUUCAGUCUUUUUAGGGCGGACGCAGGGUUGAUUAAUGGUAGGGGACGAUUCUACUCAGAUCAAAAUAAAAGUAUUCACAAUGAAGCUCCACUAGAAGUUUUCAAUGUGACUCACGGUUCCACUUACCGAUUUCGUGUGAUUGGAGUGGGAGCUCUUUAUCCGUUCAGAGUUUCUGUCGAUGACCACGUGAUUACUAUCAUAGAGUCCGAUGGAUUCCCAGUUCAGCCAAAGACAGUCGAGUCUUUCGUUAUUAAUCCUGGUGAGCGAUUUGAUUUCAUUCUUGAAGCAAAUCAGACGAUUGGAAAUUAUUGGAUACGAGGCAAAACUCUUGAAAGAACACCACGGACAACAGUAGCGGAAGCUAUUUUACGAUAUGAUGGUGCUCUUGUGGAAGAACCCAAAACUAAUCGAAAACAGUGCACAACAGGGGACAAAUGCUAUGUCUUAAACUGUCCGUUUUCUUAUUUUCCCCAGAAUGAACAUACAGAGUGUAUCCGAUUUGAUCAGCUUCGUUCAACUGCAACUAAUGAUCCUGCACCGCCAGUUGUUAAAGGUAAAUUUAAGGAAUAUUUUCUCAACUAUGCCUUUCCCGGCACUGAUAGGUUUCCCGGAUCUGUAAAUGGGAGGUCAUUAGUCACUCCAACUGUAUCUGGUGUAUCACAACCAAAAGAAAUAACGUCCGCAUGCGAUCAGGCGGGAUGCGGUGAACAAAAAUUAUGUAGCUGUACAUAUGCCCUUAACCUUGAUCACGGUGAUACAAUUCAAAUGGUCUUCUUAAACAUGGGUGUAGGUCGUGGAUGGGCUCAUCCAGUACAUAUGCAUGGACAUUCAUUCUAUGUCUUGAAAAUGGGGUACGCAGAUUACAACCAGACAACUGGCGAAUUUAUAUCACAGAAUGCAGACAUCGAUUGUAGAGGCGGUGUAUCUGCGGACAAAAGCUUUUGUAAUGAAGCUACGUGGAGUGACCAGUCUUGGUUAAAUGGAAAUGUUCCUGAUCUAGAACUUCAAAAUCCGCCACGUAAGGACACAAUUAUCGUUCCUAGUGGUGGUUACGUUGUGGUCAGAAUCAAAGCAGACAACCCUGGAUUGUGGAUAAUGCACUGUCAUAUUGAACUUCACUCUUCAGAUGGCAUGGCUAUGCUGCUUAACGAGUCUUUUCCAAACCUCCCCAAGACACCACCGAAUUUUCCUACUUGUGGAAAUUUUGAAAUUGAUGCCUCCGAAAUCAUAGCAAUCCCCGAGGAAGAAGAUACAAUCCCGCUCCAAAGGUUCUAUAUAGUUGUUGGUGUUUUAGCUGGAAUCAUUUUACUGCAGUUUUUGGUUAUCAUAGGCAUGCGCUGUUCAGCUAGGAGGUCUGGAGCCGGAGAAGGGAAUGAAGCAAGAUUUUCAAACGGUGCCUCAAAUCCAGCUUAUAAAUGAGAGAAAGAGAGAGUGGGGGUGGAGAGCGAUUUGAAAAACAAAUUAUUGUAAAAAUAUGAGCAUAAAACAAUAUUUCAGCGAGUGGAUUAGAAAAAUUAUGAAAACUAUUUCUACUGCUACAUAUUUGAUUUUAGAUGAAAACUGAGCAAAGAGAUGACCGUUAGGUCAAUGUCUGGUGCUUUGCUGAGUAUUUGUUUGUAAAAAGCUUUAUUUAGUUUUAUACAACAGGUGAUGGAUUUGUGAUAAUCAUUUUUUAAUGGCAUGCACUACGUAUAUAUAUAAUAUAUAUAUAUAUAUAUAUAUUACACAAAAUGUAUACUGGUACUAUAUUUGUAGAAUUAAACUUUUUUUCAUUUUUGUAUUGCUUUGAUAGAGAGCAAACUGUUGCUGUAUGGAUACCGUAAUCCAUCAAUGUACCAUAUUACAUUACCUCUGACAACUGGACCAUAUGGGUAUAUGACUCUGCCAGUUGUUUUCCCGUGUAUUUUUAGGCCUGCUUGUAUGUCUUUAAGUAUGUUAAGCUAUACUUUUGCUUGUCUGGUAUUUUUCUCUACAGUCAAUUGACCAACUCCAAUUUAGCGCUAAAAUCCUUUAAAAUAGGGAUAUAUGUGUAUCUAAAGGUAGGAACGUGCUUAUCUUCCAGACUCGGGAACAAAGAUUAAAAGCUGUACAUAAGUUACAAUCAUUUCUAAUACCACUAAUUUAAUCAGUAAUUUUAUAUACCAUAUACCUUUAUCUUCACUACAUGUACUUGUAUAUACACCCGGUAGGUAUUAGGGUUUGAAGAAUCCUUACUAUAUAGCAUAAUCGGACUUUAAAAUUAAAUUUAUUAUUCAUAUUGUAUUGCCUGAAGUAUUAUUUCAAGAGUUAUUUGGCAGUGUUACUGAAUGUAUGAAUUUAUCAACUAAUUUUAUGUAUAAAUUUGUAUUUAAGAGCACACGAUUGAUUAUUCAGACAAUAGUUAGAGUAAGUUUUGAAUUACAUGUAUUUUAGAAAAUUUCAUAUGAAUCGAUUUUUUUUUAUUUGAAUGGAAGACUUUUUUUUAUUCUUGUCUCAUUACAGUUGCUGAAUAUUUUGAGAUUACUUAUUGUGCUUUGAAUCUUUUUUACACCAUUUUAUAGUACUUUUAAAUAUACAUCGUGUACCAUUAAUUAUAAGAAAUAAAAUGAUUAUUGUCAUUCUAAUAAUGAAAAGCAUCCAGUAAAAUAUGUGUAACACAAAUUUGGAAUAAUUGCUGCGGGAUAGUUAGCACGAUCAAAAAAAAUUCAAUAAAAUUCAAAUCAUCCAGUUGAUCUUUUUUAAAAUCCGUAUCUUGCACCUUAUAAUCUGUGUUAAUUUUUUUUCUUUCUUUUUGAAUUAAGUUACUUGAUACAAUAUACAUGUUCACGUCCCAGUGUUUGAAUAUAAAGGAAACAAUUACACUUUUCAAAAAGGUUUUAUCACAAGGAAAUUUGAUAUGUUUGUUUUCUUGUAUUUAAAUCCUUCGAAGGUUUACAUACAUGUACCCCCUAUGAAUUCCAACUAACAUAAUGGUUUAUAGAAUCAAAUACCUAUCCAAUCUGUCUAGGAUGCCAUUCUACAGGGUUGGAGUCAAUUACUUUGAAAUGUAAUUAAAUACUUUCAAAUACA